AUGACAGCGACGCCUGAUCUCAGCUCAGCGGACACUUCCCUCCAAUCUGAAGACAGCAGUGCAGCACCGGGCGAGCAGCGCGCGGAAUACCUGGACAAGGCGGACGCCCUGACGCGACCUCCGCCUAGUCGUCAACCUUCUCAUCUCGAUGGUCUGGAAAGUCCAUCAGAGGCUUCAGAACGGCAAGCACUCGAUGCAGUCGCAAAUGCUGUCGUAGCACCACUGCAAGUCGAUCUCAGCGCACGACCAACGACGCCCUUCAACUUUAAAGAUAUCGGCAUCGAACGACAGCCACAACUGAUCUCGGCCGGCGACGAAGGCGACUCUGACAGCUAUCAGCGGGUGGGUGUAGGGCAUCCAAGGAUUCAUAGCAUUCAGCCAAGCUUGGUAGAUGACGAAAGCAUCAGAGGCACCGGCGAUAGUGAUGAAGAAGGCGAAGGGGAUGGCACUGUUAGCGCCGCUGGCAUACUCAGCAUCGACGAUAAAUGGCUUGAGAGCAGGAUAGAGCAGAGGAGAAGAGAAGAAUUUGAGGAUCAGUCGGCUCAUCCCCUUGCUUCUGGAACAAGCGCUGCCGGACCUCAAGCCGAAGGUACGCAGUCGGGCAGCCUACCAGACCAAGGCCCGGCUGCACCUGCCGAUAUGACCUCGCCUUUGACCAGAUCUGGCUUCCAGCUCCGAUUGCCGCAGGGAGUCAUCGCCGCUGCCAGACAAGGCCACGUCCGAAAGGUCAGCGUACCAGGUGCCUUCCUCACAGAUGAAGAUGGCACGGAUUCGUCUUCCAAUGCGUCCCCUGUGAUCGACGCGCCUCUCGGUGACGCGCCAUUGACGCCAGGUGCAAAGACACAGCGACAUCAGCGGGACGCAACUGUCUUUGCGGAUGCACAUUCACGACAAACGAGUCGAGCUAGCGUGCAAUCAGAAAACACGAACGGAGGUCCAGAGAUCAGUGGUGAGCGUGUCGCUACGAAACUUCCUCUGAAGCCUCCGGGCCAUUGGGCUGGCGCAGAGGACGAGGAUGCUCCGACUCCGCGGGGACACGCUGUGCAGAAGACAUCGUACUUCGAAGCACAGGAUACACAUUCGCGCGAUGCGAGCACCAGCAAGCACCCUGGCGUAGAUGGGUCGGCGCAAUCGCAAGUCACUGCUCCUCCGAUCUUCAGGAACGUAGAAGCGCCAAAGCACACGUGGCUCAGACACACCGAAUUGGGCGCUCCACACCUCGGAUGCUUCAUGCGCACUCUGGUGGAACGCCAGAUGAAGUUUGAACUGGCUCGCUCUUGGCUUUUGACUAGCAUCGCAGCGCCAUCGGAGCCCGCAGCAUUGGGCAAAGAUGAUCUCGCUAUCUUCAAGCGCAGCCCUAACGACAUAAACCUUCCGCGACCUCGCCUCCCUAUUCUGCACUUCUUGCUUGCUCGAGUCCUCUCGACAUGCCCACUGCUGGUCGACCCGGUCGCUCCCAGGGGCACGGCGGCUUCGAGCGAGGUGGCGGAGGGCUUCAUGUCCAGCGCCGUCGUCCCACUACUGCGUGCAAGGCAGUCCAUGUCGCUGAGUCAUGCCGUUGAUAGACAUGGAGAGGGCAUGGGGACGGAGUUCGAUGCAAGAUCUACGUUAGAUGAAGUUCAAGGCGUACUGACGCGCGGCAUUGCUGCCUACGUCACCUCGCUUCUGGGCGCGAGCUUGGCGCGGGAGGGUCUCAAGAUGACCCAGGUGCCGUUGCCGACUGAACACAACAGCUUGAUGCCGCUCUCGGCCUACUACGCUCACCGAGCGUCUAUGCCAAAGCUCAAGCAAGGCGGUUAUGAGGUGGAUAUUGUGAGCUUGCGUGCACACUCUGCUACGGAGUGCGAGUUCGUCAUUGCCAUUCGUCGCUUUGGCUUUCCGGUCUCCUACGUCAUCCGCAGCGAGGACGACUUCUUCGAAUAUGCGCGUGGCCUAGCAGCGGAACUAGGACCGAAAGCGCGGGUGCGACCCCUGCCGUCCAGGCCAAUAGCAGGAGCGGAUGGAGGUGAAUACUCUGGCUCUUUGGGUCCUCUGACUGGCAACGCAGCUCUUGCUGGAUCUCAGAACGGCCGUCGUGAUUCGAUGAGCUCGCUUCGCAGUCUCGUCACCUCGGGGUUCCGCCCGAGCCAGGCGAAUGAGGCCUCUCAGAGCGUUCUGUCGGUGCAGACUAAUAAGAACCCGGGUGCAGCCAAUGGCGCUGCACCAGCUUCGCCUCUUUCCCCGCGCAUGCACAGAUAUGGUGGCGGCGUUCCACCUCGUCCAAGUUUCUCGCGCACGAGAAGUACGGAGUCCGCAAGGCCUGGAUCUAUUCAUCCAGCUCAGGACACUCAAUCGGCUCACGGCCACACUCCGCAAGCGUCUGGCACAACAGGACGAAAUACGAGUCAAGUGUCUCUUGCUGGUAGUGAGCGGGGCUUGCCUCGAGGUCGAAGUCAGGUGAAUGUCGCUUCACCGCCCAUCAAAGACCCUGCACUGCCGCUCUCGCCAUCUGCUGCGGAAGGCUUCGUCCAGCUCGACAACUCGAGCAAGGCGAUGAUGGGUACCACCUCGUCCAAGGGUGGUGACGGACGAGGUAGAUCACGCUUGUUCUCCAAGCGAUCUUCAUCUCGUGGUCCUUCUCCAUCAGGCUUGCGAUACAAAGAGGCUGGCGGCGUUCCUCGCGACAAGUCCGCCCGCAAAGCGGCUGCCGAGGGCGAGUACCUUGCUCCGUCCGCCCAUCACGAGGCAAGACGACAACAUUUGCGGAGUUGGCUUCGUGAUGCUUUGGCUGUGCGUGGUGCUGGUCACUGCUCGGAGACUCGCCAGUUCUUGGUCACCGGCAGCUUCAGUGAUAAGGAGCUUCGGACUGGAACUAGAGCAGACCUAGAGAUGCGCCAUCGUCUGGACGAGGAAAGUCGUGGAGAACGUGAGGCAGUGGCGGCCGGCUCGGCAGAAGAGGUCAUCGAGUUGCAGGAUGAGCAGGACGCUCUUUGGCGCAGCUGCACGACUCAGCAAGGAUUUUUGGAUGCUUUUGGGGCACUUCGAAACAGUCCGACUUUCUCUGAGCUGCCACUUCCAUACCAGCGCCUAGCAUCUUGGGCCAAUCUUAAGCUGGCUCACGUCCUCUAUGGCAUCUUUGUCAGCGGCAGCGAGUCUAGCAAGAACCUGAUCAGAGCUCAGGACCUUUUCAACGCCAUUCCGUGGCGCGGCUUGUCUUUUGCCAUGCGGGAUCCUACCGGAGUCAUGCUGCAAAGGGUGCGUGCAGCUCUGCAAGGACAAGACUUUUUGGACCGGCUACUCGCUGUGUUACUUGAAGACGGCGGGGGCAAAGGGGGCAUGCAACUGGAGCUAGAUGACCUUCGACGCCGGUUCGGAUCGCCAGUAUAUCGCAAAAUCGAAGCGUUCGUAUCCUACACUGACGCCAAGAAGCGUUUGAUCCGUUCAAGUGCGGAGUCAGCUCGCAUUCCACUCGUGGCAGCCAUUGCGCGUGGUUCAGACGCUCCGCGCCUCACCGAGGAAGGUGUCAAGCGCAUCGUGCGAGCAACUCGUGCCUGGCAGGACUUUCACGCCACAUUGCCGAACGCCAAAGAUAUACAACGGGAGCUCAAGGCGAGCGUCGAUGUUCGUCUCAUUGCGGACAUGCAGCGCGCCUUGAGACUGCUUUCGCUGCGCCGAGAUGCAGAGGAGAUUCGAAUUGCGCUGGAAAAGCCAGAGAUCAGAGACAUCUUUUCGGCCCUGUUUGAGCCGUUCGGCACCGCUCUCAGGCGACUACACAAGUCAAGUGCCAAGAUGGCGGACGCUGUUGCGGAUACGAAAGAGUUCCUCGCGCGUCUACUGGACAUUGUUUCCGGCUUAAGAUCGAGAGUGCAGGAUCCUUGGAGGAGCAUCUCAACGAUUGCCACUCUGCUCGACGACGCUGUGCCGGGCUGGUACGCGUUCUUGCACUCAACAGUGACAUUGCCAGAAGGAAGCAACGGCAGCUCGCUCACAGAGGACAUCUUUGUCUGGCUGCACCAUUUAGCAAGACUGGCAGGCAGCGGCUGCGACGAUAUCAUUGCUGCUUGGGCACCUCCGUCGCGACCCGCGUCGAUGGUGCAUGAGUCCGAAGGAUCUAAGUUGCCACCUCCCGCGCCUCUUUCCGGUCCAUCGGUCCUAGACGCAUCUGCUCGAGGGGACAUUACCGAGCUAGAAGCUGCUGCGCGUCGCAAGAAGCAGGCCGAGUUUGUCGAAGCUUGCAGAUGGGCAGCAGGGGAUGUGGAUGAAGCACAACCCGUUCAGGUCUUUGGAGCGGCUGGAAAGACUAGGACCGAGGCUAUCUUUGCGGAUCCUAUCAAACCUGCCCCUCCCACACCUCACUUGGAUCGUUUCAGACCUGCAUUUAGGGAUGCGCUCGCUAGAGUGCUCAGAUGA